AUUACAAAUCUUAAAAUUAAUAAAUCUCACACUGAUCUGCUGCUUACUACUGCCUGUUGGGUACCGAUCUGAUGUUACCUGUUGGGUACCGAUCUGCCGCCUGCUGCUGCUGCUACUUGCUUUUGCCUGCUGCUGCUGCUUGCUGCUGCUGCUGCUUGCUGCUGCCUACUAUUGCUGCUUAUUGCUGCCUGCUACGUACCAAGAUGAUGAACGCUGAUCUAUUGCCUGCUGUUGCCUACUGGGUACCGAUCUGCUGCCUGUUGGAUACCGAUCUGUUGCCCGAUCUAUUGCCUUGUGGUUUCUUCUUCGCCGGAAAAAUGAUGGAGAUUGAAGAAUGGAGACUAAAGAGUGGAGAACCUAAGAAGGAGAACAGAUGGAUGAUGACUACUGGAGAAUGGGUUUUUUGAUUUUGUUUUGUGGAGAAUGAAAGCAUUAAUGAAAU